CUCACAAUAUGGCGGACUCGCUUAUAUAUAGUUCCCACUGAGCAGCGCUGCAGCUCCUCUUCUGAAAAGAAACCGGAACAUUUGCAAAAGAACAACGUUUGGCUUGCACAGCUCCUGUCUGUCGUUGGGGAAAAAUGGCUCACCUCCCAGCACUUUUCAAGUAUGUGGACGAAAACCAGGACCUCUACGUGAAGCGCCUGGGAGAAUGGGUCGCUGUUCAGAGUGUGUCCGCUUGGCCCGAAAAGCGCGGGGAAAUCAAGAAGAUGAUGGAGAUGGCGGCCAAAGAUAUCGAGAGGUUGGGGGGGACGGUGGAGCUGGUGGACAUCGGGAAACAAAAGCUUCCCUCUGGCGAGGAGAUCCCGCUCCCUCCCAUCAUCCUUGGCCAUUUGGGUUCGGACCCGGCCAAGAAGACGGUGUGUAUUUACGGCCACCUGGAUGUCCAGCCUGCUCAGGUCGAGGACGGCUGGGACACCGAGCCGUUCACUCUGGUGGAGAAAGACGGUAAACUCUAUGGAAGAGGAUCCACUGAUGACAAGGGCCCGGUGCUGGCCUGGUUUAACUGCAUCGAGGCUUACCAAAAGAUAAAGCAGGAUCUUCCCAUCAACAUCAAGUUCUGCUUCGAGGGGAUGGAGGAAUCUGGGUCUGAGGGUCUGGACGAUCUUGUGUUCUCCCGAAAAGAUUCGUUUUUCAAAGACGUGGAUUAUGUCUGCAUCUCUGACAACUACUGGCUGGGAAAGACCAAACCAUGCAUCACCUACGGCCUCAGAGGAAUCUGCUAUUUCUUUUUAGAGGUGCAGUGCGGCGACAAAGACCUUCACUCCGGCGUCUUUGGCGGCUCGGUUCAUGAGGCCAUGACUGAUCUCAUUUCACUCCUGGGGUCUCUGGUUGACAAGAGGGGAAAGAUUUUGAUUCCUGGGAUGUACGACAGCGUGGCUCCUCUCACAGAAGAGGAGAAAAAACUGUACGAGAAGAUCGAUUUUGACUUGUCUGAGUACUGCAAAGACGUGGGAGUUGGGAAGCUGCUGCAUGACAGCAAGGAGCAGAUCCUGAUGCACCGCUGGAGGUAUCCGUCUCUUUCUCUGCACGGCAUCGAGGGCGCGUUCUCUGAAGCUGGAGCCAAGACCGUCAUCCCCCGCAAGGUCAUCGGAAAAUUCUCCAUCCGCCUCGUCCCGGACAUGGACCCCAAAGUCGUGGAGAAGCAGGUGGUUGAUUACGUGCAGAAGAAGUUUGCUGAUCUGGGAAGUCCCAACAAACUGAAUGUAACGAUGGGCCACGGGGCCAAAGCCUGGGUGUCUGACUUCAACCACCCUCACUACAUGGCUGGUCGAAAGGCCAUGAAGACAGUUUUCGGGGUGGAGCCGGACCUGACCCGUGAGGGCGGCAGCAUUCCCGUCACUCUGACCUUCCAGGAGGCGACAGGCCGGAACGUCAUGCUGCUUCCUGUUGGAUCCUCCGAUGACGGAGCUCACUCACAAAAUGAGAAACUCAACAGAUCAAAUUACAUCCAAGGAGUCAAGAUGCUGGGAGCAUACUUCCAUGAAGUUUCACUGCUGGAAUGAACUGAUCAUGUCUUAAAUUUCUUUGCUCUCAGAAACACAAUCCUCUUAGCAAAGUUUAUACUUUUCAAAUUAAAGUACCGUCUGUAGAUUAAGACAAACUCUUUUUCACUCUUACUCUGUGCUCUUCUGAUUAAUAAAAUGAUAAAUCUCUCAGAUCAAA